AUGACGUCAAGCGAAGAAUACAUCUACAACCUCUUAGAUUCAUACUGGUACAAACAACAGAUUCUUACACCAAACCCACCAUCAAUUCGGAUUCCCGAUGCCUAUAAGGAAGAAUAUGGAUCAACACCAUCGCCCAAGGCACCUAAAGAUGAGUUCAUGGCGUUGACGAUGGGCAAUUGUAGAAAUGAUGUGGAGAUGAAAGUUACAACAGUUGUAAAUCUGCCAGAGUGA